AUGGCGGAGUCUAAAGUCAAGUCCAAUUCCUGUGCGGAUGACCUCGAGAAACGUGUAAUGAAGGUUUUCAAGGAGGCCACCAAAGACUGUGAGGACAAGGAAGUGAAAGAAAUAUUUGACAUGAUUAGGAACUAUGACGACCUUAACAAGUAUGCAAUUUCGGUGUUCAAUUCCAUGGCAAAUGACAAGUUUAUUGAGGUAGCUAGAGAGCUCUUUAAGCCUCGCUCUGAGUCUGAGUCUGAGUCGGCUGCCAUACUGCCUGAUGUGGCCAUCUACACCGUUGUCAUUUGGGCCUGCAUCUCUGCCGGCAAGAUCAUGGCUGCUCACAAGGUCUACCACCACAUGAUAGCCAACGGUGUCGCCCCCACCUCCUGCACUUACAUUAUUCUCAUCAACACACUUGCAACCAACUCAUCUUCUGAUGUCAAUUUUAUUGGGUAUGCCAAGAAGUAUUUUUUGGAAAUGUUGGAUAAGGGGAUGAUGCCUAUCUCAUCCUCCUACAUGGCCGUCUUCAAAGCCAUUGCUCGCCAGGAGCCAGUGGAGAAGGCCAGGGAGUUCCUUGAGCAGAUACAAACAAAGGGGUUCAGCCCUAAGUUGGAUGUUCCUCACUUUGAUGUGGCCUACAUGGAAGAAGCAAUGAAUGCGUUGAAGAUGUCUUAUGAAGGUUUUCAAGGAAGCCACCAAAGACUGUGA